CACCCGUUACCUUUAAAAAUGUUGCUGUGUAUUGAGACAUACUUUGUAAGUAAAUAGCAGGUGUACGUGUAACAUGCGUUAACAGAAACACGACGUUGCAUAAACGACAUCUAUAGAACAACUGUUUUCUAGGCCACCAAGGUGUUCUCUUACACCAAAAUUAAAUAGUCUUAAAAAUGACAAGAGGACGAAAUAAUAUUCGAGGUAGGGGAAGGGGGCGUGGCGGCCGAGAUGGUCGGCGUGGCCGUGGGGGUAGUAGGCGACGAAUAGGGAGAAGAAAUCCGACAAAUUUCGACACAAAAAAGAAGGUUCCAGUUGAGGUGAACUUAGAGACAAACCCUCAGGAAUAUUUCACGUCUAACAUCACCGUGGAGCAGCAUUACAACGGACAGAAUGAGAAUCGAGUGCGGUACUCAGCAGCAAUGGCAGUAUUACAGGAAAACGGUGUUGAAGUAGCGCAAAAUGCUCGAAUUCGAGCACUUGCCACAGCAUGGGCGAGGAAAGAUUUCCAGUUGGCCGAGUCUUUCCUACAGAACAGAGACAACUUUGGUCUCAAUGAAGUCUUGAAGGCCCUCCAGCUCCUGGACGCUGGACGUCAGGCCAGGGUGCUGGAAAAAAAGAUGAAGAUGCUGCAGGUGUCCAAAAACAAGGUUAAGCCCAAAAUGAUUGGGAAACUUAAGUCGGACAUCUAUAACCUUAAUAGGAUGAAAUCCCCAUAUGGAUCUGCUAGUGGUGCUGUCUGCAAACACAUCAGGAGGUGGGUCCGGCAUUUUACCGCAAAAGAACUGGAGUUUUAUGCCAUUCAUUUUCCCAAAGACCCAUGGAAGAAGCUAGCAGACAUCUGCCACUUUCAUCCACAGAAGGAUUUUCCCUCACUAGAGUGGUUCCUUCCUUACUGCUAUGGACAGGGGGCACCACCUGAGACGACUGUCGGUCGUAUGGUGACAAUGACAGCGGAGAAUGUGAAUGAAAUGCUCGAGGACCUGUCAAUUCCAUAUCUGUCAGUGAAAUCACAUAAAGAUAAGCUGACCAACGCCUCCAAAGGCCACAUAGCAGACCGUGAGGACAAACUGGAUACCAUCCUCUGGUGGUAUGAGGAACUGGCAUGCAAGGAAGUAGACGAUGCAAUACAGAGGAGGUUAGAGAAUGGUGACCCUGUGACCCUACCAAUUGGUAAACUCCUGGAAAGACUGCUAGUAUUCAAAAGGCUGUUUGAUGGCAGCUCUGACGAGGACAGGAAGGCUAAGUUCUACAGAGACCUUCUAAGGAUUGCUGAGGACAGACUUAAACAAAUCAAGCUUCCCCUUGAGUCCCCAGUCCUGGUGAUGGGUGAUGCUUCCUCAUCCAUGUCCGUGGCAGUAAAAACCAGCACCAUCAUUGCGGGAAUUCUGACAGCCAUAACUUCAGCUAAACUCUCCUUCUUCAACGGUACUCACAAAGAGCCAGAGAAAGUACCGACAAAUGUGGAGGAGGUGUUACAACUAGCUUUGAACACCCCUGCUUCAGGAUACACAGCAAAUGCCGCCAGUUUGUAUCCUUUUUAUGAACGGAAAGAGGUCUUGAAGACACUGAUCAUGGUCACCGACGAAGAAGAGAUUCUCAAAUUCAAAAACUUCAGAUUCAAAGAGUUGUACACCAAGUACUGCGAGGAAGUUUACCCAGCCAAGCUGGUAUUUGUAUCCUUCCUGCAAAGGCAGCACGCUAAGGGUCAGAUGGUCAGCCAGUUCAAAGCCGAAGGAACUGAAGUCAUGCAGUUCGUGUUCCACCGAUCACAACCAGAUCUGACAAAACUAGACAAGUUGUUUGGAUUGCUGUCUGCAGAAACUCAGACAUUCGAGGACCAGAUUAAGACUACAGAGGAGAGAAUUAAGACCGAAGGCGUGUCCAAGGUGUUCAAGGAGCUGAAAACCAGUUAGGGACAAUGCUAUAUUUGACGUGCAAUAACGUGACAGAGUGUAGCAGAAUAAUGUGAAGUAUCUGUGAUAUACAUGUAACUAUCUUACAGAAUGAACUUGUUUGACAUAAGGUUUUAAUGUGUUUUGUGAUAAACCGUAAAUAGUACAUGUACUUAUUUAACUGAUUAUGUACUUCAUUUCUUAUUGGCUGUUUUAUAGGAUGUUACAUGUUUUUGUAUGAUACUCAUUAUGUAAUGAUUUUAUUGAAUACCUGUAUUUUACUUUUGGUCAUGAUAUGUGUAUGAUUUACAUUUUGUAAAUUGUCAGUACAGUGAGUGCUGAUGCAAUAA